UGUCUGAACUGAUUUAAAUGUAGAAGCAUAGGCUAAUCUUCUGCAAUGACACAAGCUUUAAUGCAUGAUGUGGGCAAUACAGACAUUGCAUUAGGUGUCUGUCUAAGAUAACGUCGAUUUAAAACAGAAAACGCAUCUUUUUUCCCCAGUCAAUUCAUGUAUAGUUUCCUUGUCUGUUCAUAGAAGAUUAAUAGUGCAGGUGGCAUCAGACUCCUGCAUGCGCAUAUGCGCAGUGUCUGAAUACACACAUACACAUACACGAACAAUAUGCACCCAUUGGCAUAAUGCAUUGCUUGUUCAAUGAAGAUGCGGAGCACUUUGAGACAUUGUUCCUGAGUGGAAAUCAACUAUACAAUGCCUUUAGGAGAGGAUGAAAAUGGAUGGAAAAAGAAGACAACUGAUAUCAAGGAAAAUUACGAUUUCAAGGAGGUCUUGGGGACGGGGGCGUUCUCUGAGGUGUUCCUGGCUGAGGAGAAGAAGACCCAGCGACUCGUGGCCAUUAAAUGCAUCCCUAAGAAAGCAUUGGAGGGAAAGGAGAACAGCAUUGAGAAUGAGAUCGCUGUGUUACACAGAAUAAAACAUGAGAAUAUUGUUUCACUGGAAGACAUCUUCGAAAGUCAGUCACAUUUGUAUCUGGUCAUGCAGCUUGUAUCAGGGGGAGAGCUCUUUGACAGGAUUGUUGAAAAGGGCUUCUACACUGAGAGAGACGCCAGCAAACUCAUACGUCAGAUUUUAGAUGCAGUGAAGUAUCUGCAUGAUAUGGGCAUUGUGCACAGAGACCUGAAGCCAGAGAAUCUGUUGUACUACAGUAUAGAGGAGGACUCCAAUAUUAUGAUCAGUGACUUUGGCCUGUCUAAGAUCGAGGACUCUGGAAGUGUGAUGUCAACUGCCUGUGGGACACCUGGAUACGUAGCUCCUGAGGUCUUGGCACAAAAACCAUACAGUAAAGCUGUAGACUGUUGGUCCAUAGGAGUGAUUUCUUAUAUUCUCUUAUGUGGCUACCCUCCAUUUUACGAUGAAAACGAUGCCAAGCUGUUCGAGCAGAUUCUCAAAGCAGAGUAUGAGUUUGACUCUCCGUACUGGGACGACAUCUCUGACUCAGCCAAGGAUUUCAUCAGUCACUUGAUGGAGAAAGAUUCAUCUCAGAGAUACACAUGUGAUCAGGCUUUACAGCAUCCAUGGAUUUCCGGAGACACAGCUCUCGAUAGGAACAUUCAUGAGUCUGUCAGCGCUCAGAUCAAGAAGAACUUUGCAAAGAGUAAAUGGAAGCAAGCAUUCAACGCGACAGCAGUGGUUCGACACAUGCGGAGACUGCAGCUGAGCACCAGCCUAGAGGGGCCAAGCCAAAUCACCAGCACCAGCCCCUACCACAGACACCUGCUCCUCCCCGCUAAAGAGCUCGACCAGGAGGAGGAGGAGGAGGAGGAGGAAGAGGAGAGCAGUUCCCCCAGUGCAGACGGGCGUCGAGGCAGUGCCGACCGGGAUAGUCUUAGAAGCUGUGCUUACUGCUGCCGACCGACCAGCAGGAUCUGAAGCAGAACUCUGAGCCCAGAGGAACCCACACAUGCACGUCUACGGCUCCAGUCUGACCCGGAACACAGAGCUUUCCUGGUAACAUGCACUAGUGCUGCUGGUGGGACAUGACAUGAGGAGAGCGGGAUUGUUCCAGACAUUCACACUUGGGUAUUUCAUUGACAGAUAUAUGUAAUUCUAUUUAAACCAUUAUUUAAUUUGAUCUGAUUAAUAUUUCUGUACCCCGACCAAAGACAAAAAUGUGUUUAAGUUGUAUAUUUUAUGUAAGGUUUAAUGAUUUUAUUUUAUUUGAUUU